AUGGGAAUGUACUUCAACUGCAUGGGAUUCACGGCUUCAACUCAUGUGGAUCCUAUUGGUCGUAGUGGAGGUAUUUUGAUGAUUUGGAAUCCUAAAGUGAUGAAUGUCAGAGUUAUGGAGGCCUCUUCCCAACAAAUAACAACGAUAAUAUCUAGACAAGACUUCCAAGAUUGGGUUCUAUCAGCUGUUUAUGCAAGUCCUAAUUCUAACAAGAGAGAUGAGUUAUGGGAGCAACUUACAACUAUUGCUCAGUCCAUGGAUAAACCAUGGUUAGUUGCUGGUGAUUUUAACGAUUUCUCUUCCUCAAAUGAGAAAAGGAGCCUUCAAGGGAGUAACACUCAGAGUAUUAAUCAAGAUCUUAGAAGAGGUAGUAAGUUCAAUGACAGACUUAAUAUAUAUAAGUUGAUGGAUUUAGGUUGUGCAGGUCCAAGAUUGACAUGGUCUAACAAUCGGAAAGGUUGGGCUAAUACUAUUGUUCGUCUGGAAAGAGCCUUGUGCAAUACUGAAUGGCGAAUUACAUUCCUAGAUGGAGCUGUCAAGAAUUUACCCCGCACCUAUUCAGACCAUUCUCCAUUGAUGGUGCUCACCCAAGGUAAACCUCCCUUUAACCCUGUUUGUAGACCUUUUAAGUUUAUGGCUGCCUGGUUAACCCAUGAAAACUUCAAAGCUAUAGUUGAAAAUAGUUGGACCAAUACUACUUCUUCUCUGAGUGAGAAACUUAAUGAUCUUGCGCAAGUUGCUAGUACCUGGAAUAAAGAGAUUUUUGGUAAUAUUUUUAGAAGGAAGAGAUGGUUAAUUGGGAGGAUCGAAGGGAUCCAAAAAUCCCAAGCUACCAACUAUUUCCAUAAUCUUCACCGUCUGGAACUUGAGCUUAUUGAGCAAUAUAAUCAUGUGUUGUAUCAAGAAGAACUCUUGUGGUUCCAAAAGUCUAGAGCCAAGUGGAUAACUCAAGGUGAAAGAAAUACCAAAUACUUUCACCUUACUACCUUGGCUAAAAGAAGAAAGAGAAAGAUUGAGAUGCUCAAGAAUGAUAAUGGGAUGUGGGUGGAUCAACCUGAACAAUUGAAAGUGUUGAUCACCAAUUACUUUAUGAAUCUUUUUGGGUAUACCCCUUCCAUUUUCUCCACUAAUUGGAGUAACCUGGUGAGCUGCAAGCUAAACCAGGUCGAUAAUGCUGCUCUUACUAAUGUCAUUACUAAUGAGGAAGUGUGGAAUGCUGUUAAGAAUAUCAAUGCCUUUAAAGCCCCUGGGAGGGAUAGGUUUCAGGCUGUGUUUUACCAUAUUUAUUGGUCCAUUGUUGGUGCUUCUGUGUGUGAUUUUGUUAAAAAUUGUUUUCUUCAAAAUCAUAUUCCCAGAGAUGUGAAUAGAACUCUUAUUGCCUUGAUCCCCAAAAUUGAUAACCUUGAGAGUGUGAAACAAUUUAGGCCUGUUUUUUAUAAAAUUAUUUCAAAAAUCAUUGUUAAUAGAUUAAGGCCCCUCUUAAGUAAGAUUGUUAGACCUAACCAAAGCAGCUUCAUUCUUGGAAAGAAUACUAGUGAUAAUAUAAUCAUUACUCAAGAAAUUAUUCACUCUCUCAACAAAAAGAAAGGAAUUCACUCCCUCCAGAGGCUUGAGACAAGGGGACCCCUUGUCUCCUUACCUGUUUGUGCUUUGUCUAGAGAGGCUACUACAUCCAAUUAUAGUACUAUCAUGAAGGUCAUAGAUGAGUUUUGUGAUAUUUCUGGUCUGAAAAUCAAUCAUCAUAAGUUUAAACUCUUUGUCUCCCCUAACAUUGAUAGGAAGAGUGCUAAAGAGAUGAGUACCAAGUGUGGCAUCCCUCUUACUUUUGAUUUAGGGCAAUACUUGGGUGUCCCUAUCAUCCCAGGUAGAGUUAACAGAGGUAUUUUUACCCACAUUUUAGAUAAGAUGCAAAGGAGGUUGACAGGGUGGAAAACUCAUACUCUAUCCAUGGUUGGUAGAGCCACUCUAAUCCAAUCUGUGGCUUCUGCUAUACCUGCCUAUGCUAUGCAGACUAUGCUCUUACCAGCUAAGCAAAAAAGUAGGGAUGCUUCAUAUAUUUGGAGAGGCAUCAUAAGCACUAGACCUUUCUUAAGGAAAGGUGUUAAGUGGAACAUUAGUGAUGGCAAGUUUGUGAAUGUUUGGAAAGAUUGGUGGUGUGGAAACAGUUCUUUUGAGGACACUGUUUCUGGCACUAUGCAAUCUAAUAUUAUUGAUGCUAUUCACAUUUCCACUCUGAGAGGGUUGCUGGGGGCAGAUGAGAAUUGGGAUGAUAUUCUGAUUAAAGAUAAAUUCCCUCAUCCACUGGCUACUAUUAUCCUGGGGACUCCACCCCUUGGAAACAAUGAGAUAGAUACUCCAAUUUGGAAGGGAUCUCCUGGUAGGGAAUUCACUGUUUCUUUUGUGUAUGAAAUGCUUCAGGACAAUGAGAACAGGGCAGAUGACUGGUCUUGGGUGUGGAAACUAAGAUUACCACAAAAACUAAAAGGUUUCUUGUGGACUGUUCUCCAUGGAAAACUGCUCACAAAUCAAAUGAGAUUGAAGAGAGGAUUGACUGAUACUCCUCACUGUCUUAGAUGCAAUGGGGUUGAGGAUAUGAAUCAUUUAUUUAGAGAAUGUUAUAUAGCAAAGGAAGUGUGGCUCAUUGUUUUUGAUAAACAAUGGUACAUAGAUAUGAUAAGGAGACCUUGGAUGGAUUGGCUCAUGAGGAAUGCAAAAAGUAAAAAUUAUUAUAAUGCACAGCUCUCUUGGUUUACUGUUUUUGUGGUGGCUCUAUUGAAAAUUUGGAAAAACAGAAAUGGAUUUGUAUUUGAAGGAAAAUCUAUUAGUAACCAAGAGAGUGCAAAAUUUAUUUUCGAUUACUCUCGAGAAAUCCAUCAAGCUUUCCUCCAGUCUGUACCACAAUCCAGACCCUCAUUUAGACUAAUCAAAUGGUGUUUCCCACCUACAGGAAGGCUGAAACUAAACACUGAUGGCAGCAGGAAAACUGGAGAAGAUGGAGGCUUUGGUAGGCUGAUCCGGGAUGAACGAGGAGCUUGGGUGUGUGGAUAUUAUGGACGUUUGCAACUUGGAACUAGCCUUGAAGCUGAAUUAUGGGCUCUAUACAAGGGACUCAUCGUGAUCCUACAAAAAGGCAUGAACAAUGUUAUCAUUGAAUCAGAUGCAAUGCAGGUGGUAUAA